ACUCAUAGAAAUUUGUUUGCUAGUGCCCAGAACUGUAGAGCGUAGCCGUAAAAUAUUUACUGGCGACCCUUGGAAAUCAAGUUUUUUACUUUGUUGAUCGAUUAAUUUAUAGUUAAGAAUAUGCUUGCCCUACGUGGAACAUUGAAUGGCGCCCUAGUGAAGUCCUUAGGGAUUAACAGCAGUGUCUCAGUACCGUCGAGUUUGUCGAUUACCUCUAUCGUACUGAAACGUAAUCAGAGCACCGUUCCCCAAUCCGGAACUGAAGGAAAUGCUGCCCUGGAUAAAAAGAGACCAUAUUCUCCAUUUCAAAACACCAACAAUAUGGCAGAGUAUGCAGUUGCCCGACUUGAUGAUCUUCUCAAUUGGGGAAGAAAGGGAUCUUUAUGGCCUCUGACCUUUGGGCUUGCCUGUUGUGCUGUAGAAAUGAUGCACAUUGCAGCUCCGCGAUAUGACAUGGAUCGGUAUGGUGUGGUAUUUCGUGCUUCUCCGCGUCAGGCUGAUGUCAUAAUUGUAGCUGGUACACUUACCAACAAAAUGGCCCCUGCUUUACGUAAAGUUUACGAUCAGAUGCCCGAACCUCGUUGGGUAAUUUCUAUGGGAAGCUGCGCUAAUGGUGGUGGCUACUACCAUUAUUCGUAUUCUGUUGUGCGUGGUUGCGACAGGAUUAUCCCAGUUGACAUCUACGUCCCUGGCUGCCCUCCUACUGCCGAAGCGCUGAUGUACGGCAUCCUUCAGUUACAGAAAAAAGUAAAACGGAUGAAGACUAUUCAGAUGUGGUACAGAAAAUAAGCAAAUGUGUCAUAAGCUUCUGAAAUUGUAAAGUUGUAUCAACAAGAGUGGUGGAAAUAAACCUAGAGGUUAUAUUAGAAA